AUGCGGGCGGAAGAGCCGCUGGCGCUGGCGGCCCCGCGGGCGGGCGGCGAGGCGGAGGCGGAGGCGCCGGGCGAGGAGCGGAGCGGCGGCAGCUGCUGCAGCAGCGAGCGCCUGGUGAUCAACAUCUCGGGGCUGCGCUUCGAGACGCAGCUGCGGACCCUCUCCAUCUUCCCCGACACGCUGCUGGGCGACCCCAGCCGCCGGGUGCGCUACUUCGACCCGCUCCGCAACGAGUACUUCUUCGACCGCAACCGGCCCAGCUUCGACGCCAUCCUCUACUAUUACCAGUCCGGGGGGCGGCUGCGCCGGCCGGUGCAUGUGCCCCUCGACAUCUUCCUGGAGGAGAUCCGCUUCUACCAGCUGGGCCAGGAGGCUAUCGAGACCUUCCGGGAGGACGAGGGCUUCAUCCAAGAGGAGGAGAAGCCCCUGCCCCAGCACCACUUCCAGCGCCAGGUCUGGCUGCUCUUUGAGUACCCCGAGAGCUCCGGGCCGGCCCGGGCCAUCGCCAUAGUCUCGGUGCUGGUCAUCCUCAUCUCCAUCGUCAUCUUCUGCCUGGAGACCCUGCCCGAGUUCCGCCAGGAGCCCAAGGGCCCCCAGCCUGGGUUCGGGGAGGCCGCGCAGCUCGGGGACGAGGCGCUGCUGCUGCUGCCACCGCUGCCACCGCCGAGCGGGACCCCCCCGCCCCUGCGUCCUGCCGCCGGCUCCGGCCCCUUCUUCACAGACCCCUUCUUCCUCAUCGAGACCCUGUGCAUCAUUUGGUUCUCCUUCGAGCUCCUCGUGCGCUUCUUCGCCUGCCCCAGCAAGCCCGAGUUCUCCCGCAACAUCAUGAACAUCAUCGACAUCGUGGCCAUCAUCCCCUACUUCAUCACCCUGGGCACCGAGCUGGCCCAGCAGCAGCAGCAGAAGCAGCAGCCCGGGAGCAGCAGCAACAACGGGGGCCAGCAGCAAGCCAUGUCCCUGGCCAUUCUCAGAGUCAUCCGCCUGGUCAGAGUCUUCAGGAUCUUCAAGCUCUCCAGGCACUCCAAGGGGCUGCAGAUCUUAGGGAAGACUCUCCAGGCCAGCAUGAGGGAGCUGGGCCUCCUCAUCUUCUUCCUCUUCAUCGGGGUGAUCCUCUUCUCCAGUGCUGUCUACUUUGCAGAGACUGAUGACCCUGACUCGCUGUUCACCAGCAUCCCUGAUGCUUUCUGGUGGGCGGUGGUGUCCAUGACCACCGUGGGCUAUGGGGACAUGUAUCCCAUGACCAUCGGGGGCAAGAUUGUGGGCUCCUUGUGCGCCAUCGCGGGUGUGCUCACCAUUGCCCUGCCCGUCCCUGUCAUCGUCUCCAACUUCAACUACUUCUACCACCGAGAGACUGACCACGAAGAGCAGUGCCAGUACACCCACGUCACCUGUGGCCAGCAGCAGUCACCCUUCUCUGAGCCCAAGAAGGGGGACAGUAACCAGUCCCUCAGCAAAUCUGAAUUCCUGGAAGCGGAAGACCUGGAGUCCAUGAAGUACUCCAACUUCAUUCCUCCUAAUAACCAGGGAUAUAAAGAGAAGAAAAUGCUGACAGAGGUGUGAUGGGUUUUGUUGUCCUGGGUCCAGACACAGAGCUGCAAGCUGCUGUUACAGUUGUCUUCCUACAAGCAGCUGGAUCUAUUCAGCAUUUCCAUGCCAGACUGUGAAUUGUGAUACCGUAAACAGAAUGAUUGUGAUAAUGGGCUCUUCUGGCCUGAUUUGCUGUUUCUCAUUACUGCGUGCAGCCAGAAAUGUUCUUGCUUUAUUCCGUGGAGUGCUAGCUGUCAUCCCAACUCCCUUGUGCUUUUCUUUCUCUGCUGUUGAUGACUGCUUUAAUCCAACAUUUGCUCCGAAACCAAGUCUUGUUACUCCACUAGCAGAGAAGCCCUUGCCACUACUUCAGCAGAAGCAUUCAGCGGAGUAAACAGUUAAAGGGGCUCCAAACAUCUGGCUGGAGCUGUGCUCUCAGUCCCUGUGCCAGCGCUGUGCCCUUGGCUGUGGCAUCAGUCACGCCUGCCAUGCCAUUGCCUUUGAAUAAUGGAAACGCUGCAGCCAGGAUCACAGGGAGCUCUGCAGCUGUAGGGGAAAGCCAGCAAGCAGAUGCCUGCCUUCUUUGCAACACUUGGCAUGCUAAAAGAUCCUCCUGGUUUGUGUUUCAAAAAAAAAAAAAAAAAAGGUGCAUAAAUCCAAAACCUUUUCGCUAUUUGUGACCAUACAUCGUGUAUCAAAAACAGGCUUAAAGCAAUCAACAGGCUUGGUGAAGAUUCUCUGUGUUUUGAGCUUAUCUCAGCCUUAUUUAUGCCAGUGCCCUGAUGUUAAUUGGCUUUUAUAGUACCAACAUAAUCUUCAUAGUGGUAAGUGCCUUCUGAUGCAAGGCAUGUUUGAGUAAAUUCAUUUGUUAUCUGCAGAGUUCAUCUUCACACAAUAGCAUUUAAUGAGAUGUGCUUUGUGCUUCAGAGACCCAGCUCUGUAUUCGGGCAUGUGAGAGCAGUUGACUCCACUGCUUUUUUUGAUUGGGCAUUUGUGUAGCUGAGGGGAGUUUGCAUGCUGGCGUUUUGUUGACGUGGCAGAAAAAUCCCGUCCACAGACAGCUCUGCACCUGUGCUGUGUGAGGAUCGUGCUGGUUUAGCAAGUCACAGGCAUAAAAUGCCCCAGGGGGAGCGUGUCAACAUUUGAAACUGAGACUGGCACAGACAUAAACUUCCCUAAGCUGUCUGUGUAAAGCCAGCAGCAUCCUCCAGACCCUUUGAAAGAGGGGAGAAACAGCGAGCCCUGAAGAGAUGCUUUUGCUGUAUUUAUUGCUGGCCAAGCCAGUUCCUGGUAUUUCAUGGAUAGGAGGGACAGCAGUGUUUUUGCACUUGGUUUUAUGAGAGCGAUUUGUGCCAGCCAUUCAAAAUAUUCAUAGCUUGGCCCGCAGUGCCGGGUUUGCCAAGGGACCAGAGAUUUAUAUCUUCAAAUACACGUUUUGCUUCCCAGAUAAUUUCAUUAGUUUCAGUCAGCUCUGCCUUAUACCUAACUUUAAAAAUGUUUCAAGCUCUGCCAGCAGGUGAGAAAGGGAAAUGGAUGCUUUCAGAUUCCACUGGCAGACUUUUCCUGCAAGGAGAAGUCCUCCUUGUUUUAAUUCCAAGUGUUUAUUCUGCAUUCACACAUCUGCAUGUGUACGAAAGCAAAGGCAGCCAUUAAUGCCUUGCAUCAUACUGUAAUAAAUGCAUAUUGGAAUGUACUACGUAUUGCAUGGGACACGCAAAUUACAUAAAGCAGACGUAAUGCCAAGGUGCAAAAAUACAGAGGAUAGACUUUGUGUAUAUGUAUAUAUUGUGUUUUUCAGCCAUAAGACUAAGAAUGCUACAGGCAUAUUAUAGAAUCAUAGAGUGAUCUGGGUUGGAAGGGACCUUAAAGGUCAUCUCUUUCCAAAGAGGGACACCUUCUUCCACUGGACCAGGUUGCUCAGAGCCCCAUGCUUUAAUCUAGUAAAAUAUAGGUAUAGAACUGGUUGUGAGGUGGGAUCUGUUUGCAUCCUUGUUACCCUGCCUGUGUUCAGCUGUCUUGAGGUAUGGCUCCAUGCCUAGAGUGCUUUUAUCGUGGCCUCUCUCCAUCCUGGCUCUGCUCUUGUGGUAGAAGUUGUUUGUGCAAAUCCUAGCUACUCCAUUUCUCCAGAGUCCCGUUGCCUUCUCAGAUGUUUUUAGUGUGCAGGGCUCUCCCUUGAGGUCAGCACACAACCAUUAUAUUAAAACCUCUGCUCUCUCUCUCUCUCUUGUUGAAAUCAGUAGGAAAACGCCACUUGUCUCAGGCUGGGAGACACAAGUUUGAUGUGGUGAGGGCUUAUAGCUCAGAAGGGUUUGCCUGAAUGAAGCCUAAUUUCUCUUUGCUUCACGGGGCUGAGGCAAAGGUUUGUGAAUGUCUGAGCCUUGGGGACCGUUCUGCAUCCCUUGACACAUGUAAUCAGCUGGUGGGUAAAUUGUCCUGGUGAAUGAGUGGGACUGAGGGGCAUGGUGGCAUCUCUGUUGAUUUUGAGUAAAAUUUGUCCGGGUCUUAGUGUGUCUUAAUCUUGGUGGUGUUCUUAGUUGUGUUUUGUGGUCACCUUAAUGAAAUCUUUACUGUGAGGUCAAGAGAGGGACUGGUCUUCAAAUUUUGUGUUGCUAGAAACUAGCAAAAGAAGCUGCUGUUUAAGAGGGUUGCUUUGAGGCUGCAGCCCUCUCCCAGCAGAAUGCCCAUGUUUGGGGAUAUUUUAUGCCUGAAUCUAUCAGCGGAUAAAAGUUCCCCCUAAGUAUGAUAUAAAAAACUCAGGUUGAACACAAGUUCAGGAGGAGUCAUGAGACACGCUGAGCCUACGUCAGAAAAUUCCUGUGCUCGUUUUCUCCCCCUGGGCCUGGCCCUGUUGGCCCUGCCAGGCAGGAGCCCUCCCUGCCCAGAACAGGUUGUUCUCCUGACCAGCACGACAGAUUCCAGCAAGAAAAAAAGAUGUGAGGCUGAUCACCGGUAGCACAAUCCUAGCAUGUCUUACACAGAUCCUCUUGCAAAGAGGUGUCCUGACCUUGGGUGGGAUCCAGCAGUGAGUUUCCAGGUGGAAUCCAGCAGUGACUUUCUAGUGGGUUUUGGAAUCUCCCGCCUGCAGAUCGCAGCCAAGGUGCGAAGGAAUUCUGUGGUGAGCAAAGCAGCUCUGUGCAGUUUUUGUGAGCCAUGUUUGUCAGUUCUGAAAAGAAAAGUGCAUGUAAAAAAGCAGGAGUGGUGCUUGCUCCCUGGGUUUCCUGUGUUGGCUCUAAGAGAGAUACAGAGCGCCUACAUAAGUGUGGAAACUGUAACUUUGGGACUCAUUUGGGGCAUGUAAAUCCUUCUCUAAGCACCUCCUGAAAAGCAGUGAAGUCCCAGAGUCAUCAGUAAUGCUACAUGUUACAGAACUUGUGGAAUUUGACCUUUUUUAAGGAGCCUUCAGAUUUUUUUUUUUUUUUUUUUUUCAUGUGACUGAAAUGACACUGGGGCACCUGUGCCAUUGACUUUACCGGAGGUCUCGUGCCACCGUAUCACAGAGAAGCUUUCAAAAACCUUACCUCACGAUCUCAGCCCUUAGCUCUCAAAAUGCAAAUCCGUUUCCUUCUGAAGGUAGAGCACAUCCCUGUGAAGCCAAGUAGGUACCUCCAGGGACUCGUUUCCAUAACAACCUCCCGGACUGUUUCUCUCCGUGCUGUGACUGUGGCUACAAGCAAAAAGCGCUCGCUGGAUGUUUUGUGUUCGGAUAUCAGCACCUUAUCUUUACAGAUGUUUUCUUUGCUUAUUAGAGCUGAUCCCAUCACCUUAUAUAGUGUACAGCUGCCCUGUCCAACUUGAGGUGAGCAGUCUCCAGCUUUUGAAAACAGGGAGUGCAAACCCGGAGAUGGGAAGAGAUUUUAUUUGUCCAUCCUUGCACGCACAGGGCUGGAGAGUGUGGAGGACAAUGUGAGCACACAGCCAGGGAGCUGUGGAUGUAGAGUCAUCUGGGUACCUGGUGACAAGGAAUGCAAGCUGAAGCCUUACAUUUAAGACCCAGAAAUUCCCUGGCAGCAAUCUCACUAGGAAUUAGUUUUGCAGUGGAAGACUAUUGCUCCUUCCAGAUCUCAUGGCUGGUUUGUGAGAGUUGGUUCCCCUGAUAAUUUUCCCACAGGAUGUUUUGCACCAAAGCAGGACAGGGCAGAAAUCAUCGCCUUGGAGGUGGGGAAGGAAUGGGAGAAUUUUACUGAGGACACCAAUUUUUUAUCCACACAAAGGACUGGAAGCAUGAAAGGCAUGAAGAAGACCUGUCCUGUGGUGUUUUACUGGUGGAUUCCUGCUCUUACCUCCAAGAUGAAAUUCCUGUUCCUCUCCUUCUUGGAAAAUGUUAGAAUUUGGGAUUUUUGAGUAAUUUUCUGCUUGAGCCUUUUGAUCCAGCUUUCAUGGAUAAAAAUUCACUGCUACAGACACCAUGGGGAAGAAGGUGACUGGACUUAGUCUUUUCUCCUGGGUCCUCUCAUUCAGAGAUCCCUAUGGGAUAAAGAAGAGUGAGUAUAAAGAAAAUUCAGGGCAGCAAGAGACUGCUUGGUAAGGGUAAGGACUGAAGUGUCUUCCACACAGUGAUGGAAAGAACAACAUCAACCAUAAAAGCAAAGGAACAAACAGCUCCAGCAUCUGCUGCUAUUGCAGAAACAGGUCCUGUUUACAUCAGGGAAAGAUCUGCAGAUUACAGCAGGAGUCAACCACAGCUUUCCCAAAAGCUCUCAUCUGACUCGAGUCCAACAGUGUAGUGGUAGACAUUGGUUGUUCGUCUUCUUUACCAGUGUGGCUCCAGUGUCAGCUCCAAUACUUCCUUGAAUUCAGUUAUGUGAUAGUCAAACUCUCCAGAAGAGAUGGGAUGACAGCCCAAACCUCAUGGAUACUACAGCAUGUAUUCCCAGUGACAGAAGGGAUGUUCCAGUGCUUUGGCUAUGGCUGAGCCAAGCCAGUUGUUCUUUUCUGCAGCUGCAACACCUGUCCAGCUGUUUGCAGAGAUCUGCUUGAGGAUGCAGUGUUUGAUCCCUGCAGAUGCCUUGUUUCUACAAUGGCUGAUGAAAGUCUGUCCAGAAAAAUUUAGACUUGGACUUUUCAAUUUACAGGGAGGUAACAUUACACACCUUAAGCAUGCAGCACUUCCAGUUCAAGAGGAGUCGCAUUUGCUCCAGAGAGUUUUCCUAAAUGAAUUUACAAACCGUAAAGGAGCAGGAAUUUUCUCCCUGCAGGCUGGAUUCUGCAUGCUGCGAGGCUGUCGUGUCAGGACGCUGCACAAGAGGUUGUUGCAUCUUCUUUCUGUAAAGCUGGUGGAGUUUCUCUCUGUGCAGGGAGUACAACCUUUAUGGUCAGGAGACUGUUUCCCUUGCUCUGUGGUUUUCUUGUUGCUGUUGCUUUUAAAGGGGUCAACACUCUUAAUUCCAGGAAACUGAAACUAAGUGUGAACAGGGACUGGAGGAAGGAAGCAGGGAGAAUCCCCUACAAGAUUCCAAUGUGUCUUAAUUCUGGAAAAGCUAAGUAAAGCAAGAUUCAGCUGCCAGUGGCUAAAUAGCAGCAGUUUAUAAGCUGCUCCUCAAAAGCCCCAGACAAGCACCAAGCCCUGUGGAAAGCUGGAGAUUGACACAGGACACCUCCAGAGGAGUCUGCUGUUGAAACUUCCUUUAAGCCUUUUUUUUCAAGUGGAGCAUCCAGACCUGGCAAAUGCAUAAGGCCAGCCCUUAAAAGAGCAAAGAGCUCUCUCCAAGAAAAUCAAAUGAGUGGCCGAAGUCUGUCCAUUUGUCUGCCUGUCUUUUUGGCCUUGGAUUGCUGUGCUUUUCAAAGCUGUGCUUCUGUAACUCUGAUUAAAAGGUAGAUGUUUCAUAUAGCCCUACAAGUAGUAAUCAUCCUAUUCAUGCAAAAUAUCUGCUGCCUAAGGGAUGGGCCCAAACCAGAGGUGUUUCUCAUUUGCCUACAAAGCGUCUGGCUUUAGCAUCUGUGCAGUUAGUUUUUGUGAACACGUGAGUCCGUUGCCUGCUCUGUCGGAGUUACUGACUUCUUUUCAGUGGUCAUAGAGAGUUUCACUGAAAUAGCACUGUUUGUAGUCUAUUGUGUGACUUAGGAGACACAGCAGCCAGACAAUUCUGCAGUUGUAAUAUAAUUGUACGUGGCUUUCCCAGAAAAUGCUCUGAAGCCUUCUCCCGUUGCACCAUUGUGAUAAAAACCUCCGCUGCUUUUCAAGCUCCACAAGUCCACGCUGUGCUGUGCUGAAAGUGAAAGAAAAGCCAAUUAGCUCUGAAAAGUGAAGGGCAGAGAGGGGUGCUCUGGCCUGGAAUUUCCCUCCCUUUGGCAGCAGCAAAGGUCAGCUGUGCAGCCAAAUUUCCGUGACCACGUAUGUGUGUGUUGCCAGCUCUCUGCACAGGAGGGUGGAGGGGGUUAGGAAGAAUUGAUUCUGGAAGGGGAGAGCCUGACAGGAAGAGUGGAGUUAAAUGUGACAGCUGGGAUUUUCAGAAGGUAGUUUGAUGGAUGCUGGGCAUCCAGCUUCCUUAGAACUCUUUAUUAGUAGCACCUUCUGUAUCUUCCUGAGUGACUUUUAGCCUGUCUAGCAGUUUUCAGCAUCAGUGUGUGAAGGAAAAGAGGUGGGAGGCAGCUCUCUCUGGUUUGGCAGGUGUGGGACUGCAAUACCUCCUUGUGGCUGCUGGCUGAGGGUCUGGAUCUCUGGGGAGCUUCCUGACUCUCCGUGGCUCCCACAGGCUUGUAGUACUGGGCUUAGAGAAACCCCGAGCUGCCAGAUGGAGGCUGCUUCUGGUGCAGCUCUUCUGAGUAGUGCUGGUCAUGGAUGUGAGCCUGUAGUCCUUGGGAGGCAAAAUGCACUCCACAGUCCCAAGGGACCUGCUCUGUCUCUCGGUGCAGGCCAGCUGUGGGAAUCCCUUUCUCCUGGUGUGUGUGUCAAGGCCAUGUGGCUGACCACGGGUGACCAGAGCUGCCAUGGACCCUUCUUGCAAGAGCAGUCGUUUUCAGAAUCAGGGUAGGUGCAGGCUGCCUUUGGAAAAGUGUGAAUAUCCGAGGGAAAUCCAUGGUGCAGAAACCAUGGGCCAUACUGUGUGCCCACACCACAGCAGGGAUGAUGUUGACAGAGGUGCUUUGCUUUUGGUGUGAAACCUUGCUCUCAUGCAUCAUUCCAAGGAAAACAGCUAGAAUCUGCAGGUCAGAUCAUGUGGUGAGUUAAGUAAUUCCAGCUCCCUUACUGGAGCUGAUUUAUACAGGUCAGAGGAAUUGUUGAUGGUGGGGGCUUUUUUUGUUUGUUUCACUGAAAACUUGAAAUCUUUCAAAUAAGCAACGUGAGGCAUAGGGAAUUUUUAGCUGGCGUAUGUGUUUCAGGAUGUUUGCUGAAUUCGGGCAUUGAGAGCACAAAUUCUCUGCAGACAAUCCCACACACAGUGGUAGAUGAGGUUACUGGGCUUGGAAGUGCACCGGGGAGAUGGGACUCGAGUGAGCUUUGAAGAGCAAUCAUUGUCAUUAGUGGUGGUGCCAUAAAAUGUGCUUGACUCAAAUCCAGCAUUGCACAGACGAGAACCUGAUGAAACCUCGUAACUCGAUAUUUGUGGUUGUUUCUGCCAGUGUGAUCCACUGUUGAAUAGGCUAGACAUGAAUAAA